UGUUCCUGAGUGUCGCUGUCCUGCAGAGUGUCCCCAGAGCUACUCCCCUGUCUGUGGUACGGACGGGAACACAUACGACAACAUGUGCAGCUUGAGGAUGUUCUCCUGCACACACAAACGGACAAUACUGGUCCAACAUCCUGGCGAGUGUGAGUCCCAGGACCCAUGUGCCAGCAGGUCGUGUCCUGCCGGAUCUACAUGUAUACCUGCCCCAGACGGUCGCUCAGCCACAUGCCUUUGUCCCAAGCACUGCCCCGUGGCCCCGUCACCCCUGGGUCUGGGCCCCGUCUGCGGCACCAACAACCGCGACUACCGCGACCAGUGCGACAUGCACCGCCACGCCUGCGAGCAGGAUCUGUUAGUGAGCGUCAAGUACGAGGGAUAUUGUGACCCGUGUUCAAGGCUAGAAUGUCCUCCGCCCGAAGUGUGUCAGCUAGAUGAAGACCGAGGAGCAAUGUGUCACUGUGGAGAGGUCUGUGAGUCGGAGAUUGAUCCGGUGUGUGGCAGUGAUGGUCUCACAUACGCCUCGGAUUGUACCCUCAGACUACAGGCGUGUCGGAGCAAGAAGGCUCUACGAAUCAUAUAUCGUGGAACAUGUAGUUCAGGUAUAAACCCCUGCGCUGGAGUCAAAUGUCAGUUCGGAGAGGAGUGCACAAUCUCCAAGUUUGGUAUUGCUCAGUGUGAAUGCAUCAGCCAAUGCGAGCCCAUAGUGAGACAGGUGUGUGGUUCAGAUGGCAAAACAUACGACUCAGAAUGUCAUCUUCGGAAGUCUUCUUGCUUCGAUAGAAAAAAUGUCUCUGUGCUUUAUAGUGGAGUAUGUGACUCACCGACCAGCUGUAGGGAGAUGAACUGUGAGCUAGGGGCGGAGUGUGUGGUGGUGAAGGGUGAAGCUGUGUGUGUUUGUCCUGAGUGUCCACUGGUGUACGACCCUCUGUGUGGCUCGGACGGUCACACUCACCACAGCCCCUGCCAUCUACGGGCCGCCUCCUGCCAACUCAUGAAGAACAUUGAGGUUGUCCAUCAUGGCGUGUGCAAUGGGUGUGAGACAAAGACCUGUGGGUUUUUUUCUACCUGUGAAACAGACAAACAGGGAUCGGCUCACUGUGUUUGUGUCCAAAACUGUCCAAAGGAAGACACGCCCCACCCAGUAUGUGGCACUGACGGCAUCACCUACGACAGUCUGUGUGAGCUGCGCAAGUAUGUGUGUGAGACCAAACAACCCGUGGAACUGGACUAUGAAGGGGACUGUGAGGUGUGUGCUGAGGUAGUGUGUAAGUAUGGAGCUCGCUGCAAAAGUGGAGUCUGCGUCUGUCCUACAGAAUGUCCAGAGGAUCUAGAGGAGCCUGUCUGCGCUUCCAACAUGGUGACUUACAAAAACGAGUGUGAAAUGCAGAAACAAUCAUGUGCUCUCGAAACUCCCGUUCUGCUGACUGUGAUAUUUUUUGGAGCUUGUAAUGUGAAAUUCAAAACUGUCCCAUUAAAGCCGACACCCAGUGCUGCCUCACUCGUCCCCACUGCUCGCAACCCCUGCCUUGACAUACACUGUGAGUACGAUGCAACCUGUGAGGUAGGGACAGACGGCUUUCCUCGGUGCUCAUGUCUGCUCGAUUGCUCAUUUGACACUUCCCAACACAUUUGUGGCUCAGACUUCCGCAUGUACAACUCAUCCUGUGCCAUGAGGAUGGAAGCCUGCCAGAGACAGAGGGAGAUUAGGCUGAGACCACUAGAACUGUGCAGAGGAAUGGAGGUGAAGCCUUGUAAUGGAGAAGGAGCUGUGAUAGACCCAGAAACAGGAGAAGAGAUUGACUGUGGCAGUGGCCCUAAUAGACAAGACUGUCCAUUAGACAGCUACUGUCAUCAAACUCCUCACUUUGCUCGCUGCUGCCCUAAAGAGGUUGGAGGCUAUCUGAAGAGUUGCCAGGAUUCAUGGUAUGGUUGUUGUCCCGACAAAAAAACUCCUGCCCAGGGACCUGACCACCUCGGAUGUCCAUCCUUAUGUGACUGCAACAAGAUUGGCUCGUACUCAGAGGCGUGUGUAGGAGACUCAGACCAAUGCCAGUGUAAGCCUGGUGUCGGAGGACUCAAGUGUGAUCGUUGUCUUCCAGGAUACUGGGGACUGCCCAAGAUCAGCAGUGGCUAUCAGGGCUGUCUGUUGUGUGACUGUUCGCCGCUGGGCUCCGUGCGAGAGGACUGUGAGCAGAUGACAGGCCGGUGUGUGUGCAAGGCUGGAGUACAGGGCCACAAAUGUGACAGUUGUGUAGAGCCUCACCUCACUCUAACAGAUGCUGGGUGCUCCACAGAAUCAGAAAGUAGUUCCAUCUCCAUGUGUGAGGACAUCAGUUGCUAUCUAGGAGCUGUCUGUGAAGCAACACCAGACGGGCCCCAAUGUGUCUGUAGACAAACUUGUCCACAGGAGAGCUUGCAGGAAAUGGUUUGCGGAGACGAUGGAAAAUUGUACGCUUCAAAGUGCCAGCUACAACUUUUUGUAUGUCAAGUCCAAAAACAAAUAGGAAUUCAAGAUAUGAAAUUUUGUAAUGAUGAUAAUAUAUUACAAGUAACAGAGCUUCCAGUAAAACAGAGAAUUCUCCAAAAUCAUUUCAAAGAAAUGAGACUGAACCACUUUAUUAAAAAACAAACCAGACAUGUCUUGUCGAAACCAGAUUUGCCAAGGGGUUGUGAGACCCAUUCAUGCCACAUAAAAGGAACUUGUGUUAUUUCUCGCUCAACUGGACUUCCAACAUGUGUUUGCCCACGAGGUUUACACGGGAUGUUUUGUGGUAAACGACGCAUCAGUCCAACCAGAGAGAUUGAUUACAAUGUUUAAGACCAGUUGAGAUCAGGUUUCCAUACAUCUCUCCACCCGGGCACUCUAAAACAAGAUCUUUACCAAAGUUCAAGUCAACAAUUCUGAGGAUCAAACUAGGAGUGUUGUUUUUCAGUGACACAAAAGAGGCUUUGAAUAAUUUAUAUUACUGAUUAUUGGGGUGAAAGAUAUACCUCGCUGAUUGAGCCUGAAUAACAACAAACUUACAAACUAGCAAUCUAUGAACAAUGCAAAGAUACAAUAAAUCUUAUGUACUCCAAUGUACAUAACCAUCACCUAAGAGUUUUAAGACAUAACUUUUACUGCUUUAAACAUGUUUUGUAAAAACAUU